AUGGCUACCGAUACAAACAUCAACAUCACCUCUGCAUCUCUGCGCGGAAGCCCAUCAGAUCGCAUCAUCAAACCACGCCCCCGAAAGGACUCGUUGCAGUCGAUUUCGGGUUCGGAUACCCACCCUGGCCGCGUGGUGAAGCCUCGCGCACGAAAGUCACCCGGUUCUGGAGCUAAGAGAUCGGAACCGGCAAAGCGCAAGUUCAUCUGUUCGUUCUCCCACUACGGCUGCGACGUUGCUUUGAGUUCCAAGAACGAAUGGAAGCGCCAUGUCUCAAUUCAGCAUCUUCAGCUAGGAUUUUACCGUUGCGAUGUCGGCUCAUGCAACCCUGACUUAAACAGCAAUGUUCCCAACCACAAGCGCGUUUACAAUGACUUCAAUCGGAAGGAUCUUUUCACCCAGCAUCAUCGACGCAUGCACAAGCCCGAGACUGGCCCAGGUUCAGGCCCCAUCACGCCUGGCAACGCCGGCGACAAGGAUUGGAGAGCCUUCGAAGACAGUCUCGAAGAGGUGCGCAGCCGCUGCUGGAUGGAGAAGAGAAAGCCUCCUCAACGCAGCACCUGUGGCUUCUGUGGCAGGGUCUUUGAAGGCGAAGGUAGCUGGAACGAGCGCAUGGAGCAUGUCGGAGGGCAUUUCUCCCGUGACAUCGUCGAAGCCAAAGAGGAACGAGAGGAUGAAGAUCUGACGAAUUGGGCCCUCCAAGAGGGUAUCAUCAAAGACGCGGGUAAUGGCCGUCAUGUCCUUGUGGACCAGCCCCCCACCAUCAGUGAAAGACCUUACUCGGCCAGGGACCGAGACGUCGCCAUGACUGAUGCUCCCAGUUCUGACGGUAUCUCUCGCGACCCAGAGCAUUCUCCCUCUCUGAGCGCGUCCUCCCGAAGGCCAGAAUCAGAAAGCAAUUAUCCCAAGCUCGACAGCCCACGCGAAGCUCGCCGUCUCAGUAACACUAUGAGCCCCAAUGGUACCCCACGUGCUCCCUCUGUGCCAUUACUCCAGCCCGCGCCUGGAAGCACCACUGCUGGACAAGCAAUCGCCCCGGCCCUUGCUGCAGCCGCGCUUGGAUCUGCUGUCCCUGAUUCGCCUGAGAGCAAGCUUCAACCUCCUCCAACACCUCCUGAACGACGAGGCUACAACCUGGCACCGCCCCCGCUGCAAACCGCGAAGCAGUCUUCCGCCACUGGUGCACAAGGCGAUUCUGGCAGUGGGGACCGGCUAGAAGAUCUAAUCAACCAGUUGAUUAGACCCAAACCGCCAAAGACGCAUCGUCGUCUCACAUGGAAAUGUGAUUGCAAUCUCGAGAUGUCGGUUGAUAUUGACGAUGCAGACCGACAAGCCAUUGAAAAUCUCCAAGACAUCAGUAUCAUCUGCAGCAAGACAUCGAACCCUUAUCUGAAGGUCGCCAAAACUGGAAAGUACCAGGUGGUUGCUUGUGACGAACUGGCCGACUACAUUUGGAAACAUUCGAAACAAUCAGUCGAGCAACACAAUCGUCCUAGCGAGGUACCCGUUAGCUAG